GCAAACAUCUGAUGGUCCACAAAAAUUGGCUAAACACAGGCGAAUCCAAAUUCCAAACGCAUCCCACCUCAGACUCAUUCCCCUUCCUUCUACACUACUCCAACAACAGAGGAUGCACCAAUUCAACACACAACAACACCCACAAAAUUCUCUUUGAUUUGCACAAAUCCGCCUCCCCUUCCCUCCGGGGGAAAAGAUAAACACUCAAGAUUGAGUUCUACUACUGAAAUCCACUUACUAAUUUCUCUGCACGAGCAAGAAUAUUACAAGCGAGUACUAUAGACCUCUACAUGGUGGCCUCAACUCUCUCGGUCCGGCCAGACCGUACGAUCAUUGGUCAUAAUCCGGCUGGCCCAGCCCGGCCUAGACCCCACCUGAGCUCAGCCCAUGUUGCCCCCAGGAACCAUGAUCGUCCAAGAUGGUCUGCACUCUUCUCCCUUAAUCGCCGCUUGCUAGCUGCAGCUCCGCAAGCUGGCUCCAGAGCCGACGACUCAGCUCCUUUCGAGAUGUCCCUGGAGAGUGCCUUGAAAGUUUUGGGCAUCUCAGAAGGAGCUUCUUUUGAGGAUAUUGUCCGAGCCAAGAAUUCGAUUCUUGCCUCUUCCAAUGAUGACAAAGAAACUAUUGCCAAGGUAGAGGCUGCAUAUGAUAUGCUGCUAAUGCAGAGUUUAUCACAGCGAAGAGCGGGAAAAGUUGUAAGCAGCAGCAUCCGCUAUGCUGAUGUUAAGCCUGUAAGUGCUCCUAAGCUGGGACCAAUGCCCCAGUGGCUGAAAAAUUCAGUCUCUGUUGAAGCGCCUUCAACUGGAGAUUUAGGCAUACAAGCAGGAGUGUAUGGAGCUUUAAUGGUCUUAACCUAUGUAAAUGGAGCCUCAUCAUCUGCAGCACCAUAUGCUGGAGCUGAUGUCCCUGGACUUAUUCUAGCAUCGAGUUUUGGGGCAUCCUUAUACUUCAUAACAAAGAAAAAUGUCAAAAUAGGGAAGGCUACUCUAUUUACAAUUGGAGGGCUGGUGGCCGGUGCCGUGGUUGGCUCAACAGUUGAGAACUGGUUGCAAGUCGACAUUGUCCCCUUCCUGGGCAUAAAUUCUCCUGCCACUGUUGUGAGCGAAUUUGUGCUUCUCUCUCAGUUUUUGGUGUCCUUGUACUUAAGAUAGGACAAGUCUUGGGCUGCAUAAUAACUGGAAGUGCCAAGCUUAAUCUCUUCUUGGUCUCUCUUACUGUAUGCAUGUCUAGAAUACGUAUCAUCCACACGGUGUACAAAUUGAACAUUUAUUUUUCAAUAGAUUGUUGGGGACGUAUAGCAUUUGUGCCUCUGGUGCAAACUUACUGCCAUCUCUGCCAUAGUUGUGCUGCUGCAGUAGAUAUGGAUUAUGGGAAGUGUCAAAAGAGUUUCCCAUCCUGUUCGGUACCUUACAUAAGAUGUCGCAGAAAAGCCAAAUGGCUUGGUUGGUUAUUAACGAAGUGAAUUAGCUUGUUUUUCAGGA